GUAACACUGGGCACCGACUCGGCGAACAUCAACCCUCUGGUGCCUGGUGCUCCUAGAAAUUCAGUAGUGGUUCAUAAACACCCAGCACGCGUGGAACUGAAAAAAAAAGUCAUUUCCUGGCGCGACUCACGAAUAGAUAAACUACACGAAAAAAAUAUUUUUAAAGAGAAUCAUAAUACAUACUUUAGAUUUUACAGAGGAGAAGUUGUUCCGUAACACUCCCAUCCCUACUUGUCUUUCCGUCAGCCCAAAGUCCUUUAUGAUGUCAUUACACACUUGGAAUAAUUAUUUCUCUCUAGUCCUCGUCCUUCCCUUCUUCAUCCCCAUUCCUUAAAACUCCUUCCCCCUUUCCCCUUAAAGUUACUUGCCUGGAGCCUGUUAAAGAUCGAGGCAUUACUAGGAGCCUCAGAGGUGAGUUUAACAGGGCUGCGAGUUCUUUGUUGGAGAAAUGUCUGCGGAGUCAGAAAAGGAUAAAGAGAGACUGAGUCAAGCUGCCAAAAUAUUUUUCUUCCACAUUCGAGAUCUGGCUUCCUUCAUAAAUAAGUUCGUUGAGUUGUUUAACCUCACGAUGAAGACGCGGGUCCUCCCGGUGGAUCUGAAGGAAGACUGUUGCAUUAAAGAUUUCUUUGAGCAAAUGAUCACAAAUUUUAAAGAGAUGCAACUGAUGGUUGAAGCCAAGCACAAACAAGGGCAGAAGCGGCCUUUAUGUUCCACGGUGGCGACUGCUGUGACCUCUGCAGUGGAGAAGUGUGUCAACGUGAGCCCACACCACACAGUUCGAGAAAUGCUCAGAAAUAUCCAGGUCCCAGCCGCUGCCUCUGUGCUGAGCAGUAGUCUCGUCCUUGGGAGUCUGGAAUUGUCUUUCUCAAACCUGAUGCAGUUCCCCAUCAUGGGUCUCCGAUUAUGUGACUUCUAUAGAGAAGAGACCAAAGAACAAUUGGGUGCCACCACAUCCGAGAAAAUCACAAGUGCCACCACAUCCGAGAAAAUCACAAGUCCAGAACAUCCCAAGGCCACUCCAGAGGAUGCCUUGAAGAAGCUGCAAGAUGCCCUGGGAACUGAGGAUGCCCACAAGCCAGAGGAAACAGCCGCAGAUGAACUGGAACAGUUAAUCCAGACUAUGGAGCUCACCUUACAGGUCCUCCAGAAAGCCAUAGAGACCAUGGAAGGGGGCAUCUCCACAUUUAGGGAAGCUGGGACCAAGUAGAGGCGCAAUGCAAGAUGUGUUCCUUUCUGUCUGAAAUCAACUGGAACUCUCAUUUUUUUUGUGGUACUUUGUACAUUCCAUCAAUGCUGUAAGGGUGGUAUGUUAGCAUUUCAGUCUUGAGAGGCAUCCUUUGACAAACUGCUCACCUGUAGUUCUGACUGGUUACACCAAAAGGGAUAACCGCAGUGAUCAAAUAGAAUGUGCUGCUGUAGGGAUCAAGGCACUCAGUAUUUCGUUCAGGAAUCUUCUAAAUCUGCUGUUGCUUUGAAAGCGUUAAUUAAGCAACUAAUCUCUCCUUCUCACAAGUCCAUCUGCAGUUACAACAGCAUCCAGUCCAGGCAAGUGCUGGCAUUCUCAUAUGGUGAACUCUUCUGUACUGUAAUCCAUACUGUCAUCCGUUCAUUAUCAUAAAGGAAGGAGUGUGACUGCCCAUUCCCAGGAAACACAA